CCGGGCUGAGGCGCGGGCUGUGGAGGUUGUUUCAGGCCCACGAAGGAAGGAAGGAAGGAAGAAGCAGCCAUGACCAAGCACUGCCGGGCCCCCCAUUGCUUUAAUUCCGCCGGGCAGCCCCGCCCGGACGGGCAGAGGCUCAGUUUCUACAAGUUCCCGCUGCACAAUCCCAAACGCCUCCGGCAAUGGCUCUCCCAGAUGAAGCAAGAGAAAUGGAUCCCGACGAAACACCAGCACCUCUGCAGCGAACACUUUGCACCGUCUUGCUUCGAGUAUCGAUGGGGAGUGCGCUACCUGAAGCCGGAUGCCGUCCCCACCAUUUUCCAGACGUCCAGUAGCCCGUUGAAAAGGGAAAACUCUGCCAGGCCUCCCUCUGAUGUGCCGUCCAAGAAACUCAUCCUCAAUUGCCAGGGAGAGAAAAGCAUGCUGUUGCCCCAGAACAGGAGCCAGCAGGAACCACACGCACUGGAAACAACGCUUGCCUUUGCCAUCGAUCCCAGCGUGGGCUCCACCCCGGUUUAUGUGGAAACCCAGCCAUCCGCCUCGGACUUGGGCUUCGGCCCUCUUGUCGGAGCCGUGAACCUCGUCCCGUUGGUUCAAAUCGUGGAGCCCCUCAAGGCCGUGACGCUGGCGGUGGCUUCCCCAACGGAGGCCGUCCCCGGCCAGCCUUCUCCGGACGCGAUAGAGCAGCAGGUGGUCGAUCUCGUGGCCUCUUUGCCGCCCGCUCACUCCGCAGUUGGGGUCUCGGGGCCGUUUUGUGCCAAGAUGGUGGCCGCCACUGCCGACCAAGCCUUGGUAGUCGACGAGUCCGAGCGGGGUGCGCUCAUCAUCGAGAACAUCUCCAUCGAACCCUUCUUGGAGGCUGAACCUUCCGCCACCGUCCUCAGCUCCUCUACAGAGAUGGUGGCCUAUUUUGAGACCAUCCCCACCGCCCCCAUUGCAGCGGCCGCCUCGUCCGGCGUGACUCCCCCCGAGACCGUGCUCUCCUCGGCCCUCAGCCUGCCCAUCGUCUCCACCGUCCCCAUCGUCUCCAACCAGGCCUCCCUCACCAAGGAGGAGGAGGAGGAAGAAGACGAAGAGGAGGAGGAACUGGGAGAGCUGAGCUCGGAGGAGUCCACGGAGGAGCAGCUGGAGGAGCAUCGUUACCACAAGCACGAGGAGGGGGGCACGGCAGAGCUGGCGGAAGUGGUGCUCAGCCUGCAGAAGAAGGUGAAGGUGCUCCAGCAGCGGCACCGGCGGCACUGUGCCAAGCUGGAAGCCAUGGAAGGGGUGGUGGAGCAGCUCAGGAAGGAGAACCUGGUCUCCGAGGAGAAGCUGAAGCUCUUAGAGAUGGCCUGCCUUCAGUCCAGCGCUAUAAUCCCGGAGAGCGGCGGCACAGUCGCCAUUAUCUGCCAAGACAAUGACCAGGCGCUGGUCUACGCCAUGCCUCAGCUUCAGGACGAAGGGAACGAGACCAUCAUCCACGUUGAAGAGCAGUAGCCUCAUGGAAGACGCUCGAAAGCCAAUCCUUUCCUUGACGUGACCAAAGGCACCUUUCUAGGAAAUCUAUGGGGAGCGUGUGCCCUCCUUCAGUCGUCGGAAUCACAAAGCCGGCAAAUUCCAGCUUUGAUGGCCUUAUUGCUGUGGCACCUUAUUUUGUGGGGAAGGGAUGUGGGUUUUUUUCCCUCUUUGUCUGAAAUGUGAUUGUAUAUAAAAUUGUCUUUGUUGGGGGAAUGAACCACUGGCAAUGUCUGUAUCGGCUUCCCUCUCUGUGCCUCAGCCGAUUUUGGAAUUUCAAUUUUGGAUAGGUAAUAAUAAGUCAGAGCUACUCAUUGCUCUUUGGAUAAUGCAGGAACUCGUUGGACUGAGCUGAGUUGGGAGUUGUUGCUUUCGAAGUUAUCCAGGGAAAUAUUGUUUUUCAUCGCGUAAAAGUCGCAUUUUAAAAUCCAUUUUUAAAUGGAUAAAAGAGGGCUGCGACUAUUACUCUUUGGACAAUGUGAGAACCCGUUUGACUGAGCUGAAUUGGGAGUUGUUGCUUUGGGAGUUAUGAUCCAGGGAGGUACUAUAUUUCGUCGCAUAAUAGUCGCAUUUUAUCCAGUUUUUCAAUUGACAAAAGAGGUGUGUGACUUACUCUUUGGACAAUACAAGAACCCAUUUGACUGAGUUGAAUUGGGAGUUAUACCCUUGGAAGUUAUAAUCCAGGGAAAUAUUGUUUUUCUUCGCAUAAUGGUCGCAUUUUUAAAUCCAUUUUUAAAUGGAUAGAAGAGGGCUGUGACUAUUACUCUUUGGACAAUGCGAGAACCCGUUUGACUGAGCUGAAUUGGGAGUUAUUCCUUUGGAAGUUAUAAUCCAGGGAAAUAUUGUUUCUCUUCGCAUAAUGGUCGCAUUUUAAAAUCCCUUUUUAAAUGGAUAAAAGAGGGCUGCGACUAUUACUCUUUGGACAAUGCGAGAACCCGUUUGACUGAGCUGAAUUGGGAGUUGUUGCUUUGGGAGUUAUGAUCCAGGGAAGUACUAUAUUUCAUCGCAUAAUAGUCGCAUUUUUAUCCAGUUUUUCAAUUGACAAAAGGGGUGCGACUGUUAAGCUUUGUACAGUGCAACAACCCGCUGAAUUGCGAGUUGUUCCUUUGGGAGUUAUGAUCCAGGGAAGUACUGUAUUUCAUUGCAUAGUAGUCGCAGUUUUUAAUCCACUUCUUAAAUUGAUAAAAGAGGGCUGUGAGUAUUUUUCUUUGGACAAUGUGGGACCCUGUUUGACUGAGUUGAAUUGGGAAUUGUUGCUUUGGAAGUUAUGAUCCAAGGAAGUAUUGUAUUUCAUCGCAUAAUGGUCACACUUUUUAUCCCACUUUUUCAAUUGACAGAGGAUUGCGACUAUUACUUGAGGAAAAAUUGCCAUUUCUUUUUUUAAAAAAUAAAAUGCCUUGCUUCUGAAACAGAUGGAGGAGCGAUGAUCUAGCCUCAAACAAACAGGUCAGUUUAUGUUUGUUUGUUUGUCUCAGAGAAAGGAGGAGAAAAGAUACCCCCUUCCUCUUUUCUCUGAAGACAAAGCAAUUUACAAAAUCUGAAAUUGAGCUCUUUGGAGGAAGUCUUCCUAGUUCCAGAAAUGUUCAUUUUAAGGUUUUGAAACUGCCUUGCUUUCGUAGAAAGUAAAGAAAGGAGAAUCAACUCAAAUGGUUCUGCGACUAUUAUGGGAGGAACACAAAAAUACCAAUUUUGCUACCCAAAAUGGGAGUAGGGGACUAUUAUGCGAUGAAUACGGGUAACUCUUUUCAACUUUGCUUUUGCUGCGGUGUGACCAGUUUCUUCUUAGAGCGGAAACACAGUUAUGUUUCAGACGCCCAAACUUCUCAGGCUUUGCAGUUGUGUCCAACCUCAAGGGCUUUCAGAACAACUUGAUGCGUGUGUUUGUAUGAUUGUGGUGCGUAUCUUUGAGAAAGAGAGAGAAGGAGAGCUGGAGAAUGCAAUGCUUUUGGUUGGCAGUGGGAUGGAAAAAAAGAAAUUAUUUGUUACAGAAACUAUUUUACAAGGGGGUUGAGGAACAAUUAUAUAUAUAUAUGCAUGGAUGUGGAAACCAGGAUGAAAACAGAUCUUAGAACUUGACAUUUUCAUGGGAAGUCUUCAAACUUGAAGGUGCAUAAGUUUACUACAAUGGUCCUCAACCUGUGUGUCCCCAGAUAUUUUGGCCUUCAACUCCCAGAAAUCCUAACAGCUAGUAAACUGGCUGGGAUUUCUUGGAGUUGUGGGCCAAAACACCUCGGGAUCCAUAGGUUGAGAACCAUUGGUUUACUAGAACUUUUGCUGUCCACCAAACUACAGUCGGCUUUCCACGUUUGCAUGCAUUAACAGCACAAAUGUUUGUUUUUUUUCAUUGAGAGGACACUUCUCUACAAUCUAUUAUUAUUAUUGUAUUGUUGAAGGCUUUCAUUGCUGGAAUCACUGGGUUGUUGUAGGUUUUUUCGGGCUAUAUGGCCAUGUUCUAGAGGCAUUUUCUCCUGACGUUUUGCCU